AUGCGACUUGCCAUCCUGGGCCUGCUUCUGGCGGCCAUAGAAGUGCUAGCUGGCAAGGAGCGAUGUGGUCCCAACAAGCCAUCGUGUCCUUCUGACAAACCAUGCUGCUCAGCAGAUGGUUAUUGUGGUGGCGGUGCCGAGCAGUGCACAUCAGGAUGUCAACCACAAUACAGCCAGUAUCCUUUCUCAUGUAUACCGAAUUCUGUAUGCGAGGACAUGGAUCUCGCGAUCAAACCUGACAUGUACAAUCAAGACAACUAUUUUAGGCCCCUGCUGAGGUACAAUGGUGAUGCUUCACAGACCGCAUUCGUGUUUGAGCAGGGCUAUUUGGGCCAAGGGCACAAUGGUGUUUUGUUCGAAAAGACGAGUGCUACCGACUCGCGUGUGUCGACGGCGCGCUAUCUGUUAUAUGGCACAGUCACUGCUCGGCUGCGCCAUAAUCCGACCUCUGGUCUGGUUACCACGUUUGGCACGGCAUCCGAUGUCGGUGAUGCCAUACUUUUCCGCUUGGCUGGACCUGAAAGCGGACGAAUCACGACCAACUAUGCUGCCCAUGGCCAAUCUGCCCAGAACAUCGGCACGCAAAAGCGCAUGGACAAAUUUACGGUCGCAAAUUUCCAUAACUACACCAUUGACUGGUCACCGCACCAUAUUACAUGGAAGGUCGACCAUCAAGUGAUUCGAACCGUCUCGCGCAAGGAUGCAGGCGACAAGUUUCCCCGCACGCCAUCGCGUGUGCUGUUCACUGCGUACGGCGUGAGCGAGAGCAGCAAUAAGAACAUGAAGAACUGGGCCAACGGCACGCUUUCGUUCGACGAUGAUGGGUAUCGCUCACGAGGCUUUUAUUCGCAUGAGCUAGCGCACUUGCGCAUUCAAUGCGCUGAUCUCAAGCUUGCCAACAUCAGUCAGACUGGCGUCGGCAGCGAGCCUGUGGCGUAUGUGUACAGUAAGAAGAACCACAGCCAAACGCAGCCACUUGACUUCUCUCUGUCGACAGAUCAAGUGUUGCUGCUCAAGAAUCCUGCAAAGGAUGGUCGUCCGGGUACACCUGGCAAGCCAGGCACAGGUCCGAAUGGCGAUCGCCCGAACAUGUACACGGGCGGCUCGGGUCGUUCCACCAAGAAAAACAGCGAUGAUGAUGAUGAUGAUACAAGCACUACCUCGAAUGGUGUCAAAAUAGGUAUCCCUGUCGGCAUUGGGGGUGCUGCGCUCCUCGGUGCAUUGGCUCUGCUGAUCUUUUACUUUGUGCGACGCCAGAAGCGCGCUCUUCGUCGUCCAGCGUCUUUGGUCUCUGUUCAAGAGCCGAUGCAGAUGCGUGAUACGUCUGCAUCUUUCGGCACGCCCAUUGCCGGGGAGCCGACGCACCACAUCGCCGUGCCCGUGUCCAUGCAGCCACAGCGGGGGGAGCAGCCGUUUGACUUGCAACAGUCGAUUGCUGUGCCUCAAGAGGAGCAUGCCAUCGACCGUAUGCCCGAGGCCCAAGGUGUCGCACCUUCCGACGACAGUAUACACGAGGCCGCCUUGUACUACCAAGAUCCCUACGGGGCUGAGAUGUCGUACGAAGUCGAGAGCGAUAUGGGCUCGCAGGCAUCUGACGACAAGGCGCAUCGUAUGCAUUAUGCAGAACAUGGUGACAUGCGCCGCUACUAUCCGUACCUGUCAGAAGAAGAAAAUGAGCGCAUCGCAGCCCAGGACGCCUGGGACGAGCUUCGUGAGGCUGCCAAUGGCCGCACAGAAGUGCCUCACUUCAAGUCGGCCAACACGUCUUCGACAAAUCCACGACGCGAUUCAGAUCUGUUUCUCACGCGCCAUCGUCGGGGACAGGACUCAACGUACCGCGCACGCCGUGUGCACCAGCGCGCCGCUUACUCGGAGGGCGGCGCACUUAGCCCCAGCCUGCCGGACACACCCUCUUUUUCUUAA